CACGGACCGACGCGGGCCACUCCGCUCUCCUCGCCGCCGCCGCGGCGGGCGCGGGGCCGCGCGGAGACGCCAGAUCCCUGCAGCGCGGGCGGGCGGCGUCGCAGAGCGGAGUCAGCUAGAAGCGCCCGGACUUCUGCAGGUGGAAUCUGUUGUGAUGAUCUUAUCAACCAGCAUUGCUUCUAGUGCAUUCUGGUUUCCAGGAUGGUGCCUGCCCCUAAGCAGAUGUGAAUGAACAGCAGAAGCAGCUUAUGAUUCCUGCAAAUGACACCAGAGCACGUCGGCGGAGGUUUCUCUCUCUCCCAGAUCUGCGAGAGUGAUUUCCCAGUGAUUGCUUCGGCCGGUACAACCAGAGAAUAGGAGUCUUCUCUUCUUUUUGGACCACUAGAUGCCUCUCUGCACCACAGUCUGCAGCGAGGGAAGAAGGGCGGAGCUUCUAGGAUGACGAUGGACAGUCCGCUGGGCAGGAUGAGGGCAGAGAGUGUGACGUCGACACCACAAGGGCGCAGCGUGAACUUCCUCGUCUCCCUUCCCAGCCAGCUCUCGGCCUCCUGUAUCCACCAUGGUGUUUGGUGAGUUUUUCCAUCGCCACGGACAAGACGAGGAACUUGUCAACCUGAACGUGGGGGGCUUUAAGCAGUCCGUCGACCAGAGCACCCUCCUGCGUUUCCCUCACACCAGGCUCGGGAAGCUGCUCACCUGCCACUCGGAGGAGGCUAUCCUGGAGCUGUGUGAUGACUACAGUGUGGCGGACAAAGAGUACUAUUUUGACCGGAACCCGUCCCUGUUCAGAUACGUGCUGAACUUUUAUUACACGGGGAAGCUGCACGUCAUGGAGGAGCUGUGCGUGUUCUCCUUCUGCCAGGAGAUCGAGUACUGGGGCCUCAACGAGCUCUUCCUUGACUCCUGCUGCAGCAGUCGCUACCAGGAGCGCAAGGAGGAAAGCCACGAGAAGGACUGGGACCAGAAGAGCAACGAUGCGAGCACCGACUCCUCCUUUGAAGAGUCGACCCUGUUCGAGAAGGAGCUGGAGAAGUUUGACAAGCUGCGAUUCGGUCAGCUCCGGAAGAAGAUCUGGAUUCGAAUGGAAAACCCGGCCUACUGCCUGUCAGCCAAGCUCAUCGCCAUCUCCUCCUUGAGCGUGGUGCUGGCCUCCAUCGUGGCCAUGUGUGUCCACAGCAUGUCGGAGUUCCAGAACGAGGACGGGGAGGUGGACGACCCCGUGCUGGAAGGCGUGGAGAUCGCGUGCAUCGCCUGGUUCACCGGAGAGCUUGCCGUCCGGCUGGUUGCUGCUCCCUGUCAAAAGAAGUUCUGGAAAAAUCCUCUGAACAUCAUCGACUUCGUCUCCAUUAUCCCCUUUUAUGCCACCCUGGCGGUGGACACCAAGGAGGAAGAGAGCGAGGACAUUGAGAACAUGGGCAAGGUGGUCCAGAUCCUCAGGCUUAUGAGAAUUUUCCGAAUUCUCAAGCUUGCCCGGCACUCGGUGGGACUUCGGUCCCUCGGGGCCACACUGAGGCACAGCUACCACGAAGUUGGGCUGCUGCUCCUCUUCCUGUCGGUGGGCAUCUCCAUCUUUUCUGUGCUUAUCUACUCCGUAGAGAAAGACGACCACUCGUCCAGCCUCACCAGCAUCCCCGUCUGCUGGUGGUGGGCCACCAUCAGCAUGACGACCGUUGGCUAUGGAGACACCCACCCUGUCACCUUGGCCGGGAAGCUUAUUGCCAGCUCGUGCAUCAUCUGUGGCAUCUUGGUGGUGGCCCUUCCGAUCACCAUUAUCUUCAACAAGUUUUCCAAGUACUACCAGAAGCAAAAGGACAUUGAUGUGGACCAGUGUAGUGAGGACCCACCAGAGAAGUGUCAUGAACUCCCUUACUUUAACAUUAGGGACAUCUAUGCCCAGCGGAUGCACGCCUUCAUCACCAGUCUCUCUUCUGUGGGAAUCGUGGUGAGCGAUCCCGAUUCCACGGAUGCUUCAAGCAUUGAAGACAACGAGGAUGUUUGUAACACGGCAUCCUUGGAGAACUGCACAGCAAAAUGAGCAGGGACGUUUGUGCCUGUAUCUUGUGCCCCUUCCCGAUGUUAGGUUAACACAGCUUUAUAAACCUCAAUGGGUUCGUUAAAAUCAUUUAAUUCUCAGGGUGUACUUUUCAGCCAUAGUCGGACAUUUCAUUGCUCUGAAAUGAUAGAAAUGUCUUUAUUUUUCUCAGUGAGGCGAAUUAAAUGCCUUGUUCUGAAAUUUAUUUUUUACAAGAGAGAGUUGUAAUACGAUUUUGGAAAAAAAAAAAAAGGUAAAUGGUAUUGGAUGGGACUUGCUGUGGCUUCUGUAUCAUUCUGUGUUUAUCAUUUACUCACAUUGAGCUAAUUGUAAAUUACUGACAAGUAGAAUCAAAGGCCCAGCUGACUGAAGACUACAUGCAUGUAAGAUCCACAAGUGAGACAAUGCAUGUAAAUCCAUGUUCAUGCUCUAGACAUGGAAUUUAGGAGCCUAAUAAACUGCCUAAUUCAGUACAGAGAA